ACAACAGCAGAUUCGUAUGUGGAACCUCAGGAUAUAUAUAAAGCAUUAAUGAAAACAGUUGAAUGCCGAAAUAUAACAGGUAUAUAGCGCAUUAAGAAUUUAUGGAGACUUUAUAUAGACUCACAUCAAGACAGAGUUUGCCUAAUAACAACUGGCGUAAACAUCCGAGGAAGGAAUGUGACAAUAUAUGAUAGGAACCCAUACCUACCGUACGAUACGGAUGCUACCCGUAUUGUUGUAAAAGACCUACCACUAUCAGUAGCAGACGAAGAAAUUCAAACAUCUCUUAUGCGCUUAACUGUAAAACAACGGGGACCGUACAACGUAUGAGGCUGGGAGUCGAUGUGCAAUUGACAAGUUGCCUGAAUGGAGAUCGGGUGCUUUACGCGGAGACGCUUAAAACACCAUUACCAAGGUUUGUAAAUGUCUUAAACUUAAAAACCAGAAAUUUUCACAUGAGCGGGUGAAGUGCUCGAAAUGUUUAAAGUACGGACAUAAUGCUAAAACAUGUACAAACCACCUCGUUUGCCAUGUCUGUGGAUUAGAAGGUCAUCGAAGGGACUAAUGCAGCGCAGAAAAACUGUUGCAAGAUGACUCUAGCGAAAAGCUCAUUCAAGAAAUGUGGGAACGUGUAGUAGAGGAAUUUUAAGAGCGUGAUCACUAGUGAAGAUGAAUCGACAUUCAGCGAAAUUGAGGAGAGUGAAGAAGGAGAUCAAAAGCAAAGUGAACCAAUAAAUGAAAACAGAAACAAGGGAAGAUAGCUUCAUGAAAUCAUCAUCUUGGUCUAAUAAGCAAGUGAAAGAGAAAGAAAACAAGAAUGAAUCCAAAGACCAAGCUGAGUCAGAGAAAAUCUCCCCAACAAUGCCUGGAAAGAAAAGACGACGAAAAUCAAGCAAAAGUCUGUGUCCGUAUUUUUGGAGCUCAUUUCAAGGCAGUUGCUACAAACUCUCAAAUGUAGAUACUGAUUGGUAUGAGGCAAAGGUUCGUUGUCAAAAAGAAAAUGCAACCCUGGUUACCAUAUCCACUGAAGAGGAAAAUGCUUUCGUCAGAAACCUUGUCUGUUGUGAACGAACUUGGAUCGGUCUUAAUGACAUUGCCGUAGAGAAUGACUGGAAAUGGUUAAACAAUGAAACUUUCACUUUUUCUGAUUGGUAUACCGGUGAACCAAACAACCAGAAUGACGAAGAUUGUGGUGAGAUUUAUGACUCGAGAUUGAAAAGAAAGUGGAAUGAUAAAUGUUGUCAUUGUGCAAACCCCGCAUACGUCUGUGAAAAAGGCUAG